AUAAUUAAAAAAAAGAAAUCAAUGGCUACAACCAAGGUAAAAAAAUCAAAAAAAGUUGAAGAGGUUGAAUAGGUUUAAGAUGAGGAUGUGAUAAAGUCCACUCAUUAGGGACCUAAAAUUGAUUCCUCAAAUUGGCCAUUGUUAUUGAAGAAUUAUGAAAAGAUGAACAUAUUGACCUCACAUUAUACACCAAUUCCAAGUGGAUCAACUCCAUUAAAGAGACCAUUAAUAGAACAUUUGAAAUACGGUGUGAUAAAUCUUGACAAGCCAUCAAAUCCAUCAUCACACGAAGUUGUAUCAUGGAUCAAGAGAAUAUUAAAAGUUGAUAAGACCGGCCAUUCAGGGACACUUGAUCCAAAGGUUACAGGAGCAUUGAUCGUGUGUCUGAAUAGAGCAACAAGACUAGUGAAGGCAUAGUAAUCAGCUGGUAAGGAGUACGUCGGAAUAAUAAGAUUACAUGAUGCAAUAUCAUCAGCAGCUAAGUUGGAGAAGGCUAUUUAGGAUUUGACAGGAGCUGUAUUUUAGAAGCCACCUGCGAUUUCAGCAGUGAAAAGAGAAUUAAGAGUUAGAACAAUUUAUGAGAGUAAAUUGUUUGAGUAUGACCCUGAAAAGAGAUUGGGAAUCUUUUGGAUGAGUUGUGAAGCAGGAACAUACGUGAGAACUCUAUGUGUUCAUUUGGGUUUGUUAUUGGGAGUAGGAGGUCACAUGGAAGAGUUGAGAAGAGUAAGAUCAGGAAUAUUGGAUGAGAACAAGUACAUGGUCUCAAUGCAUGACGUAUUGGAUGCCUAAUAUCGAUAUGAAAAAUUUAAGGAUGAAUCCUAUUUAAGACAUGUGAUCAUCCCAUUGGAGGUUCUCUUGACCAAUUACAAGAGAAGAUAGGUCGUUAAGGAUUCCACUGUUAAUGCUAUUUGUUAUGGAGCAAAACUAAUGGUUCCAGGAGUUCUUAGAUUUGAUGAUAAGAUCGAUAUUGGUGAUGAAAUUGUGUUGAUCACAACCAAAGGAGAAGCCAUUGCUGUAGCUAUUGCUUAAAUGACAACAGGUGAGAUUGCAUCAUGUGAUCAUGGAGUCGUUUGCAAAUCCAAGAGAGUCAUUAUGGACAGAGAGACCUAUCCAAGAAAAUGGGGUACUGGACCAAGAGCUCUUAGAAAGAAGGCUUUGAUUAAAGAGGGGUUACUUGAUCCACAUGGAAAACCAAAUGCCAAUACUCCCUAAGAUUGGUAGUAAUUCUACGUUACUGAAGAAAACAAUAAUAUUCUUAAGGAGGAAUAAUAACCAAAAGUGUAAAAGGAAGAGGAAGUAGAGGUACCUGAGGUUGUGGAAAAGCCCAAGAAAAAGAAAAAGUAGGUUGUUUAAGAGGAGGAAGAAUGAUUUAAUAUGUUUAAGAUUAACAAUAUAAAAAGUAUAAUAAAUGAUGAAA